UCAGGAAGAUUGGUGAGUUCAGUUUCAUUUGGCCCUUUUUCUGGUGUUUGUGAGAUUUUUAUUUGAACCAGGUUCCUUUGACAUUUCCUAUUUGUAUGUGGAGCCCUCUAGUUCCCAGAAGUUCAAGUCUCUGAAGCUGCUCAGCCCCUGGAGUGAUGAUGGGGUUCACAAGGGAGCAGUACUGGUGCCUGAGUGGAGGAAAGAGCUGUUUCCUGCUUCCUGGCUGCAGUGCCUGCCUCCAGUAUCAGAACCAGUGGGCUGAGCACACAGGAGUAAGCCUCUGUGCUUUGCAUCUGUAGCUGCCAUAGUGGCCUCACACCUGAAACAUGGCUACAGAUUGGCUGGGCAGUAUUGUGUCCAUCAACUGUGGAGAUAGCUUGGGUGUCUAUCAAGGAAGAGUGUCAGCAGUGGAUCAGGUUAGCCAGACCAUUUCUCUUACCCGGCCUUUCCACAAUGGAGUGAAGUGCCUCGUGCCAGAAGUCACCUUCAGGGCAGGUGACAUUACAGAAUUAAAAAUUCUGGAGAUACCAGGUCCUGGAGAAAACCAACAUUUUGGAGACCUUCUUCAGACAGAAUUAGGCCCUUCUGGUGUUGGGUACCAAGUGGGUAUCAAUCAGAAUGGCACGGGAAAGUUGGUCAAGAAGCCAACCUCUUCCAGCAGUGCCCCUCAGAAUAUCCCUAAGAGGACAGAUGUGAAGAGCCAGGAGGUGGCCAUCUCCCCGCAGCAGCAACAGUGCUCGAAGAGCUAUGUGGACAGGCACAUGGACUCCUUGAGUCAGUCCAAAAGUUUCCGUCGGCGGCACAACUCUUGGUCGUCUAGUAGCAGGCACCCAAAUCAGGCAACUCCAAAGAAAAGUGGCUUAAAGAAUGGCCAGAUGAAGACUAAAGAUGAUGAGUGCUUCGGGGAUGAUAUUGAGGAGAUCCCAGAUACAGAUUUUGAUUUUGAAGGGAACCUGGCUCUUUUUGACAAGGCAGCUGUGUUUGAGGAGAUUGACACCUAUGAGAGGAGAAGUGGUACCCGCUCCAGGGGUAUCCCAAGUGAAAGGCCUGCUCGGUACCGCCACGAUGAGAACAUCCUGGAGUCCGAGCCCAUUGUUUACCGGCGGAUCACAGUGCCCCACGGCGUGAGCAAGGAGUUCUGCACGGACUCUGGCCUGGUUGUCCCAAGUGUUUCCUAUGAGCUGCACAAAAAAUUGUUGUCUGUGGCUGAGAAGCAUGGAUUGACUCUGGAGCGGAGACUGGAGAUGACAGGCGUGUGUGCCAGUCAGAUGGCAUUGACCCUACUCGGAGGACCCAACAGGUUGAAUCCCAAAAAUGUUCACCAGAGACCUACAGUGGCCCUGCUGUGUGGGCCCCAUGUGAAGGGGGCUCAGGGUAUCAGCUGUGGAAGGCACCUAGCCAACCAUGAUGUCCAGGUCAUCCUCUUCCUGCCAAACUUUGUCAAAAUGCUGGAGUCCAUCACCAAUGAGCUGUCUCUCUUCAGCAAGACCCAAGGCCAGCAGGUGUCCAGCCUCAGAGAUCUGCCCACUAGCCCUGUGGACCUGGUGAUCAACUGCCUGGAUUGCCCUGAGAAUGCCUUCCUGCGGGAUCAGCCUUGGUACAAGGCAGCUGUGGCCUGGGCCAACCAGAACCGGGCACCAGUACUCAGCAUAGACCCUCCUGUGCAUGAAGUUGAACAGGGCAUUGAUGCCAAGUGGUCACUGGCUCUGGGUCUGCCUCUGCCACUGGGGGAGCAUGCAGGUCGUGUCUAUUUGUGUGACAUUGGCAUUCCCCAGCAGGUAUUCCAAGAGGUGGGCAUCAACUACCACUCACCCUUUGGCUGCAAGUUUGUCAUCCCUCUGCACUCUGCCUAGAAGGGCUCUGGGUGGACUGGACCCCGCAGUCCCCCGCUGCUCCUGACUCUGAACUUGACAGCGAACGCCUUAAGGAUGUGAAACUUCAUGGACCUUGGUCAAUUUUUUCUCUUUUGGGUUUAUUUUUCCUGUGAGAGAACAGAUCAUAUUUAAACUGACCUGUCACCUGCCCUUAGUCAGGGAAAGCUCUCCCACUGGGCGUGCGGGUGGUCGGGAGGCCCACUGAGAGCGCAGUGGCUCCAGGCAUCUCUGUACUUGGCCUUCUCCUGCAUGGCCGGGUGGGGCUUUGUUUACAGACGUAGGCAGCUCACAGACUGUGUUUCAGGUUUACAGCCGUGGCCGGGGUGCACGCCUUACGGGGGUGGGGCGGGUCCUGGCUGGGGGCCUGUGUUUGCUCCAUUUCAGAGCCUGUGGCUUCGUCUCCGGUGUCCUUCCCCGUGAGCCCGUCAGCCCCUCUGAUCGCGUAGAGCUGGCCGCGCUGCCGCGUCACUAGAGGGCGGACCUGCGCGCUCCGUUCAUUUUGGGGACUGAGGUGAGGCUUUCCGAGCCCCACAAGUUUAUUUGGGGAUUUUGGCCCUUUCUCCUGAGCUGAUCCGUUUUACGCUAGGAUUGUUUUCAGCGGUCCCCCCUCCUUCCCGUUCCAUCACUCAGAGACAGGGGAGAGGGCGGCAUUAGGAUGGUUUUACUGCACUGGGAUUUCAUACUGGUUUUCUGCUGUUUUCACAGGUAUCAUAAGGUUAUGUUACUGUAGAACCGCAGAGCCCCCCAACUCCAUACCCGCUCUAGCUGGGGGCUGAGCCUUUGCCUAGUCUGGGGCCGGAGCCCUCAAGGUGCAACUUUAAUGUUCAGUGUUGGGGAGCCCCUGGGGGAGCCUGGUGCUGAGUCAGAGGAGGCUCCUUGGUGCUCCCGUCACCCCAGAGCAGGUGCAUGUCUGUCCCGUCUGGGCUCUGCCCCAGCUCCUAGUGUCGGGCCUUUGAGCCCUUGGUGGUUGUCCGGUCUAGGUGAGUAAGCUUGGGGUCGGCGCCCCGUCUCAAAGAUGCCAAAAUGAGGCUAGUUCUGGAUGAGCCACCUGGUGGGGCUGUCGUAGGAUUGCACUGCUGCCCAGAUCCUGUGGCACGGAGUCCCUGGACCUUCCUAGGCCUCGGAGGCUGCUUGGUAGGACAGGAGGCAUGCCCUGGAGCCCCUGGCACGGGCCCUUGUGCUUUCAAGCCUUCUUCAGGGCUCCAGGCUUCCUUCUGCUCUGUGCCCACCCACUGUGGCUUGGGGUGAAUGGGAGGGCUCAGCAAGGAUCGAGGACGCGGUAGGCCCUGGUAGCGAGGGUUUCGGGCUACUUAACCACUUCCCUUAGAGGAGUACAGCCAGGAGCAGAUGACGCAGCGCGGAGGGCGGGUCCCUCCUUCCCUCCGUCCUCCCUCAAAUAUCUCCAGCAGCGGGAGAAGGCCAGAGACUGAGCCCUGUGCUGUGCAUCCUCCCCGGGGCUUUGCUCACUCUCAGGGCCAGGAAGCUCCCAAGAUGGGGCCCUUCCUUUACUGGCAAGGCCCACAGUCUGAGCAGCAGGGCUGGAUUACUUACAGGCAUUUUAGUAAGUAACCAUUAAACAGUCUGGCUGCCUAUUGCAGUUAGGCCCUCUGACUUGGUGCAGUGGAAAACUAGUUAGAAGAACUGUGUCCCAGCAGAUUGCUUGCUCCAGUCAAUCGCAGUAGCCCUGGGUGGGUGAUGGCCUUUGUUGAGGGGCAGUGGGAGUUUGCACCCAAGCCGCGCCCUCUUCUCUCCCCAGGUGGCACUGGAGCCUCUUCCCACCCUCAGCCUAACCCCAGUGGUAUUAAAGAUAAGCAUGAUUCCUCUAUCUUCAGCUCUUUUCAGAGGCAUCCUGCCCAGAGGGCCCAGCCAGCUGGUCACGACCAUAACUUACGCAGCUCUUGGGGAGCCAAAAACCAGCACUAAAAUAAAGCUGAAUGAUGGA